AAAAAAUCAAUAUCUUCUUUCACAAUGCUUUCAAACUUGUUGUUCUUCAUUUGUAUACUAAUUUCGUCUUUCAUUUUCACUACUCAUUCAUAUAAUAACAAAUGCCUUCUCCAUCAGGAAACCUUGUUGCUUCAACUCAGGGAUGAGUUGAUCUACAAUUCUUCUCUUUCGACAAAACUGGUGCGAUGGAAUGAACGUAGCGAGUGCUGCUUAUGGCAUGGUGUGGAAUGCGAUGCUUCUGGCCACGUCGUUUGUUUGCAGCUGGAUGAUGAGGCCAUUUCUGGUGGAAUUGGGGAUUCGUCGAGUCUCUUCGGAUUUAAAUAUUUGCAGAAGCUUAACCUUGCCUUCAAUGAUUUCAACCACACUCAUCCCAUUCCAAAAGGGCCGAUCCUGCAGAAGCUUGGAGAACUCACAUUCCUUGAAGUCUUGAACCUGUCAUACAAUAAGCUGGCCGGAGAGAUCCCAAAAGGCCGUCAAAUUCAAACAUUUUCAGCUGAAUCCUUUGAAGGAAAUCCAGGCCUAUGUGGUUUCCCUCUCAACACAAACUGCACUCAUACUGAUGUGCUAUCACCGCGAGAACAUGAAGAUGUCGAAGUGAAGAGGGAGAUUGAGUGGGAAUACGUAUCUGCUGCACUUGGAUACGUUGUGGGAUUCGGAAGCAUUGUAUGGCUACUUAUAUUCUGCAGAAGCUUCAGACAUAAAUACUUUGGAAAAAUUGAUGAGAUUAUUGAAGAAGUAUUCGAUGGCAGAAAUAGGAGAAGAAGACGUGCAAGAAUGGUUGCCAGGAACCGAGUCAGGAGACAGUAGUGUUCGUAUGUGAUAUGAGGAGCAGAGGAGACCAUUUAUAAGCUAGCCCAUUUCUUUUUAUUUUAAUAAUGUAAUAAGUAGAGUGUUGAGCGUAAUUAUAAGCUCCAUCUCGGGUUUUCUUUGUUGGUUCUUUCCCGAGAUGCAAAAGAUAGUCAAACCAACUCUAGGGUCCUAGUUAAUAUUAAUAGGGAACUUUGUCAUCUUUAACUGAUUAAGAUAAAAGAUUACCCCUUUAGUA